CCAGCAUUGUAUUCGGUUUUUGCUAUGGGUUCUGCCUUAGCUAUCAAAAUCAAUAAAAGAAAAGAAAAUCCGUGCAAGACCAGGACUGCAUUCACCAUCUCAUGCAAACCAGGCAAUCACGUGCGUCCUGGUCAUUAACACUUAAGCUGAGAAGACCCGCUUCUUCUGCUCUUCACUUCCUCUCCCAUCGCAUCGUCUCGCAUCGUUUCGCAUCGUCUUGUCUUUCCUCACCCACCCUAUCACCAGACACCAGGACGAGGUCACCCCCGGCAGGGCGACCUCGUCCUGGCAGGUCCAGCGUAACACGACGACUCAGCGAACUGCCAUGUUGGAGGCUAUAAAGCCCAUGCCCCCCAACACGAGACUUGACUUCCUCCAUACCUCUCUCACCUCACCAUCCUCACCACCCCACCUACCAUCACCACACAUCCCUCAAAACCACAACAUCCACACACUCUCCAACCAGAAUGGCCACUGAGGUCAUAGUCACCGCCGAAGAAGGCGUCAUCCCUCUCUGCUGGAAGGGCAUCAACGGGAUCCCGACCAACCGAACCAUCCAGGUGGAAGACAUAAUAAACGACCCGAGCGCAUACAUCUUCGUCUUCCAUAAUUUCUACCAUCUGUGGUGCGCGUUCCACCACCAGCACGUCUACCAGGCUGUCACUCGUCACGCUCGCAGCAUCCGCCUCAUCCUCUUCACCCACCUCGAGGCCCACCGUCAGCCCGCCCCACAACCCAUCAUCAGAGUGACCGAACCCCUCCCCGAAGGCCCAACCACCUGGCCCAAUAUCGACCAUGUGGUUCGCAACUGGAGAAUGGCCUGCCGCGCCAUCCCCAGCGACCACAACAUCGGGUUCGUGAUCUUCGAUGUGUCCACUGCCCAUGGACUCAUCCCAAUCACGCAGACCGGUCAUCUGCUGCAACUCCUCAGCACCGCGCUACAUCUGAAGGCGAGCGACCGAGAGGCCUUCCGCUGCUCGGUGUGGGGUUGCAGCCAUGAUACUUGGCAGGACAUGGAGGUUAGACUCACUGGCUCGCUGUUUCGCCUGGGAUUCGCGACGGAUGAUUGACUCACUUUCUGGACUUGCGGGUCUCUCUGGUCUGGACUCUCUCGACGGAGCUCGGUCAUCAUGGAUUCUGAGCGAUUCUCUUUUUCUUCUUCCUCUUCUUUCUUUCUCUCUCUUGUUUCUCGCGGGUUAGCGGCCAUGCGUUGAUUUUG